UGUACAUACUAAUGUAACAUUUUCUUGAACAGGAACGGCAGUCGUGAUAGUCAUGUUGGUGACCACGCUCCUCAUGACCUUGAUAAUGUUACUAGUUUGGCGCUGCCAUUGGGUUCUUGUCCUUAUCUUCACUGUCUUAUCUGUGGUGGUUGAAUGUACCUACUUCUCUGCUGUGUUAUUUAAGGUUGAUCAGGGUGGUUGGGUUCCGCUUGUGAUUGCUGCAGCUUUUCUUGUCAUCAUGUAUGUCUGGCAUUAUGGAACUGUGAAACGAUAUGCAUUUGAGAUGCACAGCAAGGUGUCAAUGGCAUGGAUUCUUGGGCUGGGCCCCAGUUUAGGACUUGUACGUGUACCGGGGAUAGGACUUGUCUACACCGAGCUGGCUAGUGGGGUGCCACACAUCUUUUCUCACUUCAUUACAAAUCUGCCAGCUAUACAUUCAGUUGUGGUAUUUGUCUGUGUGAAGUAUCUUCCAGUUUACACAGUUCCAGAAGAUGAGAGGUUCCUCGUGAAACGCAUAGGACCCAAGUCUUUUCACAUGUUCCGCUGUGUUGCAAGGUAUGGUUACAAAGACCUCCAUAAGAAAGAUGAGGAGUUCGAGAGAAAGCUAUUUGAUAACCUCUUCCUUUUUGUUCGGCUGGAGAAUAUGAUGGAAGGCUGCUCUGACUCCGACGAAUACAGCUUAUACGGACAGCAAACACAGAAUUCAAUGGAUUAUUUAGUGCGAAAUAACGGCAACUCAACUACAGGAAAUAAUGACUUUACAUGUUCGACGGUGGAAUCAAUAGUACCUGUGAAAUCUCCCACUCAAGGAAGCAAUACAGUCACAUCAUCGUUGGGCCGUGAGAGCAGCCAGGCAGAAGUGGACGAAAUGGAAUUCUUAAAAUCGUUGUCGAGAUGCUGGGGUUGUACACAUUCUUGGAAACACUGUAGUUAGAGCAAGGAGAGACUCUAGGUUCUAUAAGAAAAUUGCUAUUGACUCUAUAUAUGCGUUUCUUAGGAGAAUUUGCAGGGAAAAUAGUGUGAUCUUCAACGUACCUCAUGAGAGCCUCUUGAACGUUGGACAAAUUUUCUAUGUAUAAUAUUUUCGCAA